UCUCUUCGCCAACACACCCACCAUUCCAUCUUCUUGUCACCGCCACCAGUUCUCUGUAGGGAGUCUCCUAUAGUACUUAGCAUUCAGCCAGACGAAUACCUUAGUAUCGCCCAAUUGGGACAUCAAGACCACCCUAUUCACGGGCUGCGCUGAACGCCGGGAGAUAACAAAACCCGCUUCUUGUUUGCUUGUCACGGGAAGCAUCGUUGACAGGCUUGCUGCAACUGCAUUUAUAUACCUGGCUGCUCGUCCUUGUAUCGACCGUUCUUUCACUGUUGGUUGUAUCUCAAAAGCUUUGCCCCUCGCGCGUUCGGAGGCCGAAGGAUCUUAUCCUAUUGGUUUUCUGCUGCUGUUGGACACCUCUCAGUGAAGUGAUACCUCCUUUUGCCAUCGCCGUCAGCAGUAUUGCGGUGGCUGGUAACAUGGCUCCAGCAAGUCAAAUGCAUUACCAGAAAGAUGAGAAGGUUCUCUGCUUUCAUCAUGAGAUCCUCUACGAGGCGAAGAUCCUUGACCUGAGGCAUACCGACCCCGACGACCGGAAGAGUCCAUAUGAAUACCUUGUACACUACAAGGGCUGGAAAAACACAUGGGAUGACUGGGUGCCCCAAGAUCGUCUGCGCAAGUUCACAGACGAAAACAGGGAGCUAGCCACAACCCUCCGCCGCGAGGCUGAGGCGGCUUUCCGCCAGAAGCCCACCAAAGCAAUCAUGAAGAAGAGAGGUGAAUCCGACCGCAGCUCCGCGCGGGGAAGUGAGGAGAGACAGAUGUCCGUACCUGGACGUGGUACGAAGAGAGCGCGAGAAAAUGACAUCGAAAAGGAGGAUAACUUCUACGUGCGGCCCUCAGUAAGGAUUGUCAUGCCAGACAACCUAAAGUCUCUUCUCGUCGACGACUGGGAGAACGUGACCAAGAACCAACAAGUUGUGGCCUUGCCGGCCAAGGCCUCCGUAAACCAAAUCCUUGACGACUACACCAAGGAAGAAAAGCCCAAGCGAACAACCUCCGCUGAUCUGGACGUGCUCGAAGAAGUCGUCGUGGGCAUCAAAGAGUACUUUGACAAAGCCCUUGACAAAAUCCUUCUCUACCGAUUCGAGCGCGAGCAGUACCGCACUCUCCGCAAGAAGUGGGAGGAGGGGUCCGGAGAUUUCGCCGAUAAAGGCCCGCUUGAUAUUUAUGGCGCGGAGCAUCUAACGCGACUGUUCGCGACCAUGCCCGAGCUCAUCGCACAGACAAACAUGGACCUCCAGUCCACCAAUCGACUCCGCGAGGAACUCUCCAAGUUCACCAUCUGGCUCGGCAAAAACAACAGCCAGUACUUCGCGACCAGGUACAUGACGGCAAGCAACGAGUACAUCGAGAAGUCCCGGGGCGUUGCAAAUCCCACUCCUGGAACCGCUACCUCGCGCCUGGUUUGAUGUGAGAACUUUCUUCUGUUUUCUAUCGUUGAAGCCCUGUGGUAGUUUAUUGGUCACUUUAUGAGCAUGAGCAUCGCGAGCACUUGAGAUUCGGGCAAAUUGUAUCACUACCUAGGUUAGGGAUAGGCGAAUAUUUACGGGUC